AUGUGGACGUUGUCAUCCCUGAUCAGCCAAUCAGGUGGAAGGUAGUGCAGCCGUGCACAUGAAAACCAGCUCAGGUCAACCACCCGGAAAAAAACAAAAUCUCUAAAACAUUAACAGUUCAUUUGUCCAUCACGUGGUAGUUCAGCUUUAGACGGAGAAACUGUCCAGAACAGUCCAUCUAACAAAGUGAGAGACCAAUCUGCUACUAUGACAGAUAAAGUGACAGAGCUGGUCUCAAAGUGCCUACAGGCCCGAGACUUGGCUUACUGUCCCUACAGCCGCUUCCCUGUCGGUGCUGCUCUUUUAACAGCAGAUGGCGCCAUUGUCACAGGUUGUAAUGUGGAGAAUGCCUCCUAUGGUCUGACCGUGUGUGCCGAGAGGACGGCCAUCCAGAGAGCUGUAGCUGAGGGACAUAGACAGUUCACCGCCAUCGCUGUAACAUGUGAUAUCAAAGACCGUUUUGUUGGACCGUGUGGAGCAUGCAGACAGGUUCUGAUGGAGUUUGGAUCAAACUGGACUGUGUAUUUGACUAAGCCGGACGGAACUUACAAAGAAACUAAUCUUCAUGAACUGCUGCCUUUAGCAUUUUCCCCUGAACACCUCGCAAAGAACUGAAAACAUUUCCACUGCACCUCUGGAUGGCCUGAGGCUCCAUGAUUUUAUUCCAACUAGCCUAGAAAAAACAGUAAAUAUGAAAACCUGCUGUAGACCUACUACAAACAUGUAACCAUGCAGUUGAUGUAAGUCUAUUGUAGUAAAAAAAAGAAAAUAAAAAACAACUGUCAAGUUUGUAAUAAGCCAGAAAUUGACAAAACUAUAAAUUUGUUUUUCAACUUGUAUCUACCACAAUUGACUGUAAAAUGUAUUUGUGUCAAAUUUCAUUACGCCUCACCCUGUAGAAAUAUUCAACUUUAGAAUGGCUGAUUAAAUAAACUGAAAUAUA